AAACCCGUUCUCUCAGUCGGGGACACCUUGUUUGUUGCCGCGGCCCUCAUCCAGCGUUAGCGGCGGAGUUUACCACGGUAAAGAAGACGGAUCGGAUUUUCAGUACCAACUAGAAAGUCCAGUUCGACCGACCGAGAUGUCACAGGAGCAUGACAAUAAACGUGCGGUCCUGGUUCUCCAGAACGAGCCAGGCUACGGCGGCCAGCGUCGCUCCUUCACCACAGAGGAUGAAGCUUGGAAAUCCUUCCUGGAGAACCCGCUGACGGCUGCCACCAAGGCCAUGAUGAGCAUAAACGGAGACGAGGACAGCGCCGCAGCUCUUGGCCUGCUCUACGACUACUAUAAGGUGCCCAGGGAAAAGAGAACAAUAACCCAGAACAAGCCAGAAGCCUUGGUCUGUGAUGUGGAUCCCAACAAAAGACACCAGAUCCAGGCUGGACACUCAUUAGCUCAACUUCAGGAAGCUGGAAUGGAGAACAGGAUCCAGGUCCUCAAGGGGCCCUUCAAUAUCCUGCAGCUGGCCCAGGAAAAGAGGGCCCAGUUCCCCUCACCAGACACGACCGUCACUGUUUCCAUCGCCGCCGUGCCAAACUACCCGCCCGUCAAGACAGAGGUGCCCACCCACGGCUUCUCAGUGACCGUGCCAAACGACUGUGCCGAAACCGACGGCCACGUGAGCGUCUUUGACCGCCAGCUUGCCCACAAUGCGGUUCAGUUCAGCCCCAGCACCCAAUCCCGCACGCCCCCCGACUCCACCUUCUCCGAGAGUUACAAGGAUGGUUCCCAGGAGGUGUUUUCCUUCCCAGGGGAUCUCCAGUUACGUAUGGCCUCCAUGGCGCCUGAGGACUACACUCAGUUUGACACUGUGCCGGGGAAUAACUUCGAGUACACUCUUGAGGCGUCCAAGUCUCUGCGUCAGAAGACAGGUGACGGGACGAUGACGUAUCUCAACAAGGGCCAGUUUUACCCCAUUACCCUCAGGGAGGCUGACACCAAAGGCAUUCAGCAACCCAUCACCAAAGUCAGGAGUGUAGUGAUGGUGGUGUUCGGAGAGGAGAAGUGCAGAGAUGAUCAGCUGAAACACUGGAAGUACUGGCACUCCAGACAGCACACUGCCAAACAGAGGUGUCUGGAUAUCGCUGACUACAAGGAGAGCUUCAACACCAUUGGAAACAUUGAGGAGAUCUCCUAUAACGCCAUUUCCUUCACCUGGGACACCAAUGAGGAGGCCAAAAUCUUCAUCUCUGUCAACUGUCUGAGCACUGACUUCUCCUCCCAGAAGGGCGUGAAGGGUCUCCCUCUGAACCUGCAGAUCGACACCUACAGCUACAACAACCGCAGCAACAAGCCCAUCCACCGUGCCUACUGCCAGAUCAAAGUCUUCUGUGACAAGGGAGCCGAGAGGAAGAUCAGAGAUGAGGAGAGGAAGCAGUCCCGCAGGAAAGGGAAGGUCGCCGAUCUCAACCCCAGCCUGGCCUUCGUGGACGUCAAAGUUCCCAUCCUCCAGAAACGCAACGACGUGACCAUCUUCAAGAUGAUGACCGACCACGAGACCCAGCCUGUCCUCUUCAUUCCUGAUAUCCACUUCUCUACCUUCCAGCGCCAUCCUUACUCGCAAGAAGAUGCAGAGGACAGCUCGGGCAUGAAGAGAUUACCCUUCAGUGACGAUGAGUUCGGUUCGCCCCCAAACAAGAUGGCGAGAGCGGAGGAGCCAAAGAAAGUCCUGCUGUACGUGCGCAAGGAGACGGAGGAGGUGUUUGAUGCCCUCAUGCUGAAGAAUCCCACGCUGAAAGGCCUGGUGGAAGCUAUUUCAGAGAAGUACGAACUACCUUUGGAAAAGGUUGGAAAGGUCUACAAGAAGUGCAAGAAAGGGAUCCUAGUCCACAUGGACGACAAUAUCAUCAAACACUACUCCAACGAAGACACCUUCCAGAUCACCAUGGAGGAGCUGGGCGGCAUGUACAAACUCACCCUCACUGAAAUCUGAUUGGAUGGUGCGAGGUGACAUCACCUAGACCAGAGGGAUGGAGGACUUAUGACAUGCAGCUGUCAGGAGUAGUGGUUUACACGUCUAACUACGCAGUGAUUAUGGACUUUAUCUGAAACUUAAAUCAUGUUGUCUUUGUGCUGUAUUAAUGUCAAACAGAUUUUUAAAGUCCCACAGGAGGUAUUUUAAAAAAAAGCCAUAGCUCUUAAUAGACAGCAGUGCUAAUUAGAUAUGUAAGCUAUACAUUUUAAUUCAUUUUAAAAACUUUUUUUUUAAUGUAUACAAAUCAACGAGUGAGGACAGACUUGAUUGUUGUGACACCUUCUCAGUAAGUCGCAGAAAAUAGCGCCCACUUUUGUAAAUUUUUGGGCAGAGCAUUUGUGGUGCUGCUAUACCUCAUGCUAUGCUAGCAGCAGUGUUUCUUGUUCUGAGGAGAAACGGCCCAUGUUCCUAAAGCCAUAGCACUGAUGAUUACAAUUCGUAAAGUUGGGUAUUUAGCGCACAAAAUAAAGACAGCAAAUUGUUGAUGGAGCCCGAGAGGUUCAGUGUAUUAAAACUAAACAACAUGGCAGUAUUUAGUGUGUAAAACUCUCUUUAAACAUCAUACAGUUAGGGUAGAAUAUUGUAAAUGUUUGUUGUAUUUUUUUUAGCAUAGGAUACAUGUUUGUGAAUGAAAUUACCUUUUUUGUCAGAUUGAUUUAAAUGAUGGCCUUUUUUGUAAGUAUUAAAUAGUCACUAAAUGUAUUGAUAAUAAUUUUAAAACACCCCUUACCUGUAGAGUAGUUUUCUGAAUGUCGAUGAAAUAGGUCAAUGAAUGUCUAGUCCAGUCCAUGCAGGCUGUUCUGGAAGUGCAAUAUGAUAUUUAGGUUCAGACACAUUCAGAAAAGAAAUCUCCUCUAUUGCCAUAACUAAAGUAUAUAAUACAUAUUAACAGAUAAACAUUUUUUUUGGAAAUAUUGUUGUAUAUAUCCACUGAAAAAAUGGAUCUAUAUGAUCCCUCUUUUGUAUCUCAGUACUUAUUGUGUAUAUAUUUAUUAAAAGAAAGGAUGUGGGUCAUUGUUGUUGUUGUUUUGGUUUUUUUUUUACCAUAUAUAUCCAAAUUUCUGUUAUUCCUAUUAAUAUAAUGUUUUUUUUCUUUUUAUAUGAAGUUAUUCUAACAUUACAUGUCAAGGGACAAAAAGUAAUUAACAUGUUUUUAACUGAUGUUUUUUGUUUUGUAAAAGACUUGAUGCACAAAGUGCCCAAUAAAGGCUCUCUAGCAGUG